AACCUCAAUAACAAGAUAUCAAUGUGGACCUGGUUUCAUUUUUUUAUACCCAUAAUACCCUGUGUGGACUGCCGAUUUUAUUAUAAACCAACUUUCUCUUCUUUCUCUUCUGCAUCCUCCUCUCAAAUCGAAAUCUGUCUUCUAUCUAUUUGUUACACAUUGUUCUCACUCACAUUACUUCACUGAGAAACAAGCGUUAGAUUAGAAUAGAGAGAGAGAGAGAGAGAGAGAAGAGCAAUGGAAGUUAUUAUGUCUCGGGCCUUUUACUGCUGCUUGGCUGUGUUGGCCAUUGUUUUCGCCAUAAUCUCGCCAUCCGUUGACGGCCAAUCAACGGCCCCUGCACCUAGCCCUACAAGUGACGGGACUUCUAUCGAUCAAGGCAUUGCGUACGUGCUUAUGCUGGUUGCUUUGGUGCUUACAUACCUCAUCCAUCCACUAGACGCAUCUUCCUAUAACUUCUUUUAAAUUUUUGUGUCAAAGCUAGGUGGUUUAUAUCAAUGGCUGACAAUGUGGAUAAUUUAAAUUACCUUGGUUGUGUAUUUAUUAUUUAGCUGAAUGCUAUUGCUUGUUAUUUCUUUUUGCA